CGGUUGUCAGCCAGUCCCCAGGUGGGAGAAGCUCUGCAAUUCAACACUCUGCUCUCUCUCUGAGCCUUGUGACUUGGCUGGGCUCCUGGGGCGUGAAGGGAAGCCACCUGCCGGGGGUUCAGUGUCCCCGGCCAGCCUCCCUGCUUCUGAGUACGGGAAAUGAGCUGCCGGCGACAUUUUUCUCCCAGGGCUGCUUGGUGGCGGUGAGGAGGUGGCCAGCAUCCCAAGGGAGGAGCCAUGGAGGAGCAGGACACCUGUGGCUCCAGCUGGGAGUCCUCGAAGGACAAGAGCCACCCAGAUUCACCUUGGUCAUGGAUUCCCAUAAUGAGAGACCCGGGAUGGAUUCGAAAUGUGUGGUCUUCAAACAUUAACGCCCAAACCAUGAAUUACGUCGGGCAGCUGGCGGGCCAGGUGUUCGUCACCGUGAAGGAACUCUACAAGGGCUUGAACCCCGCCACCUUGUCCGGAUGCAUCGACAUCAUCGUCGUCCGCCAGCCCAACGGGAGCCUGCAGUGCUCGCCCUUCCACGUCCGCUUUGGGAAGAUGGGGGUCCUGCGCUCCCGAGAGAAAGUGGUCGACAUAGAAAUCAACGGGGAGUCCGUGGAUUUGCACAUGAAAUUGGGAGAUAAUGGAGAAGCUUUUUUUGUUCAAGAGACUGAUAAUGAUCAGGAGGUGAUCCCCAUGCACCUGGCCACCUCCCCGAUCCUGUCAGAGGGGGCCGCGCGGAUGGAGAGCCAGCUGAGAAGGAGCUCCGUCGACCGCGCCAGAGGCCUGGACGCCGGCUCGCCAGCCCCGGCCUUGGCACCCAGUGAGGCCCCUUCUGGUGGCUCUUCAGUGAAGAAGAGAAGAAAGAGGAGGAGAAAGUCCCAGCUGGACAGUCUGAAGAGGGACGACAACACGAACACAUCGGAAGACGAAGACAUGUUCCCCAUAGAGAUGAGCUCCGAUGAGGAGGCCGACCCGCCGGGCAGCACGGGAGCUCUUGCUAACGACAUGCCUCCCUUCCAAGAAGACGUUCCUGAGGAAAACCUGUCCCCAGGCACGACCCACCCUCAGUCCGCAUCGUGCUCCAAUUCUGACCAAGAGUGGUCACCCAGCACCAGGAGCCUGCUGGAGCGCAAAAGGACCCCGCCUCACCUGGCGGACGUGGCCGAGGCGGGGCUCUCUAGCUCCUGCCCUCCGCAGCCGUCCCUCCUCCUCGCUUCGGAAAGCCCUUCAGGGUCCCGACCGUCCACACCAAAAAGCGACUCGGAGUUGGUCAGCAAGUCGGGAGGCAGGACGGCGCAGAAGAGCGACCUGGAGAUGCUGUGGCUCUGGGGGGAGCUGCCGCAAGCUGCGAAGACGUCGCCACACAAGACGAAAGACUCCAGCCCACUGAGCAGCAGGAAAAUCUGUGAGGAAAUGCACUUUCAGGCCAUUCACAGUGAAUCUUCCGACGCGUUGAGUGACCAGUCGCCGACGUCGGCCGGGGCGCCUGCUCUGCAGCCACUUGCAGAGCAGAACAAGUCUCAGACUGAGAUGCAGUUUGUGAACGAGGAAGACGCCGAGGCCUUGGGGGCCGCCGCCCCGCCGCCGCCGGCCACCGAGGAGUCCAGAGCCCUGUCUGCCAUGGCGAGCAAGACGGAUUCACCUUCCAGGAGAAAAGACAAACGCAGCAGACACCUGGGGGCCGACGGCGUCUACCUGGACGACCUCACAGACAUGGAUCCUGAGGUGGCCGCGCUGUAUUUUCCCAAAAAUGGAGAUCCUUCUGGGCUCCCCAAGCAUGCUGACAACGGAGCCCGGUCGGCCAACCAGUCCCCGCAGUCCGUGGGCAGCUCCGGCGUUGACAGUGGUGUGGAGAGCACCUCCGACGGCCUGAGGGACCUGCCUUCCAUCGCCAUCUCCCUCUGUGGCGGCCUCAGUGACAACAGGGAGAUAACCACAGAAGCGUUUUUGGAACAAGCUGUGUCAUAUCAACAGUUUGCGGACAACCCUGCCCUCAUUGACGACCCCAAUCUUGUGGUGAAGAUCGGGAAUAAGUACUAUAACUGGACCACGGCGGCCCCUCUGCUCCUGGCCAUGCAGGCUUUCCAGAAGCCUCUGCCAAAGGCCACUGUGGAAUCUAUCAUGAGGGAUAAGAUGCCCAGAAAGGGAGGAAGAUGGUGGUUUUCAUGGAGGGGAAGAAAUACCACAAUCAAGGAGGAAAGUAAGCCAGAGCAGUGCUUGGCUGGCAAGAGCCACAGCACCGGGGAGCAGCCGUCGCAGCUCGGCAUGGCCACCAGAAUCAAGCAUGAAUCAUCCUCCAGUGAUGAGGAGCAUGCGGCCGCCAGGCCGUCCAGCACCAGCCACCUCUCUCUGCUGGCCAACGUCGGCUACAAGAAGACCCUCCGGCUCACUUCGGAGCAGCUGAAAAGCCUGAAGCUGAAGAACGGCCCCAACGACGUCGUUUUCAGUGUCACCACACAGUAUCAGGGCACGUGUCGCUGCGAAGGCACCAUCUAUUUGUGGAACUGGGACGAUAAAGUCAUCAUUUCUGAUAUCGACGGAACCAUCACGAGAUCGGAUACCCUCGGCCACAUUUUGCCCACCCUGGGGAAGGACUGGACCCACCAGGGCAUCGCCAAGCUGUACCACAAAGUGAGCCAGAACGGAUACAAGUUUCUCUACUGCUCUGCGCGUGCCAUCGGGAUGGCGGACAUGACGAGGGGCUACCUGCACUGGGUCAACGAGCGGGGCACGGUGCUGCCGCAGGGGCCCCUGCUGCUCAGCCCCAGCAGCCUCUUCUCCGCCCUGCACAGAGAAGUGAUUGAAAAGAAGCCAGAGAAGUUUAAAGUCCAGUGUUUGACAGACAUCAAAAACCUGUUUUUCCCAAAUACAGAACCCUUUUAUGCUGCUUUUGGAAACCGACCUGCUGACGUGUAUUCAUACAAGCAAGUGGGAGUGUCCUUGAACAGGAUCUUCACCGUGAACCCCAAAGGGGAGCUCGUGCAGGAGCACGCCAAGACCAACAUCUCCUCGUAUGUGAGACUCUGUGAGGUGGUCGACCACGUUUUCCCGCUGCUGAAAAGAAGCCAUUCUUCGGACUUCCCCUGCUCAGACACUUUCAGUAACUUCACCUUUUGGAGAGAGCCACCGCCGCCGUUUGAAAACCAGGACGUUCAUUCUGCCUCGGCAUGAACUGUUCCCAGCGACCUCCUACGCCGUCCAAAGACCAGCCGCUCCUCAUUAAAGGAUAGGUUUCGGGAGCCGCGGAGCGGAGCUCAGCAGCCUGGCGUGCAGUCAUUUGCUUGAGAGCAGAGUUGAGAUGCACCCUCCCCAGUCCCGCUGCCCCGGGGGCUGGCAUUUCUAAGUCAAAUACGAAGGGUGCACUUUAUAGGCCGCGGCUCGGGUGCAUUCUCAGCGGAAGGCGUUCCUCGGAUGUGGCUGAAAGCCAGGGCUGGCCCCGCUCUUCCGGCCUUCAGUGCGUCCGCGGUUAAUGUGCAGCGUGUGCCUGUGAACCCGAGCUGGGGGUGGGAGGGGGGACGGGGGUGGCGGGGCGCCUGCUGGUGGCAGAGUGAUGGAGGAACGCCAUUUGAGCGUGACUGGAGUGCGGGUCACACCCCCUUGUGGCGGUUCCUACCCCUCUUCUGCACCCGGCAGGAGGGAUGUGUGGGGUCGCGCGACCCGGUUCUGGGGUCCCGGGAGGCACUCCAGACCUUGCUGUCCUGGGCCGUGGCCCUGUGGGUGUUCUCCUGCAGAAUUUGCUGACUGGUCUAAUUUUUAAGCGAUAAGUGUUCUGUAAAUCCCUUUGGUUAAACAUGCCCCGUGUGACCCGCUUACCCCGCCCCCUUCGCGUGGCUCAAGGCCGGCUUUGCCUGGCUCUCGGUGGCUCUGCCGCGCCUUGAGCGCCGACCACGGGAAAUGUUCCUGGGGCGUCUUUCCGGUCAGCUCGGCGCUCGGCCCGCAGCGCUUCUCCAGCGAGGCGGUGCCGAGGCUGUGCGCUCGGACAGAGCUGAUGCCGAAGGGCAGCGAGGUCCGUUUCCAUUGGAAGCUCUCACAAGAAGCUGCUUGGUUUUAAGAAAAUAGUUUGAAAAAGUUAAAUUAUAUUCUUUGUAGAUAUUAUUUAUUACUUUACUCUGGGUUAUUGUUAUAAGCAUUUAGCCAUAUUCUUUCUAUUAUAACUGUCAUUGAUACAUUAAAAAGAUAUACGUUAGACUAUCCAAAGAACCUUAGUCUAUAAAUCUCACAACACUGACCUUCUUUUGGGAUUUAUGAGUAAUGCUUUUUAUUUUCCUGAGCUUUUUCCACUCAAAUUAAGGGCAAGUGGAUAAGUAAUGGUCUGAGUGACAUUCUUUAAGCCACUAGAAGAUGAUUGUCUUGUUUAUUAAACUGGCUUGUAAAGAGAACAAUUUGAAAAGUCAAAGAAUUAUUUUGGUAAAAGAUUUUGCUUUAUUUUUCAAAGUAUUAUUUUUCUAAAGAGCAUUUUCUUCCAAUGAUUGAAGUGCUUUCCUAUUUAAAUUGAAUGGUUAGAGCCUUGGGAGGCAAGAACAUGGAACAGUUGAGGGGAAUUUUACUCUUUCUGUGAAAGAAUGCAGCGCCGCGGCGUGGCUGCGGUCGGGGGCUCGGGGGCAGAGGGGCCCCGCAGAGAAGGGCGGCCGGCGGCCUCCUGGUUGAUCCUCGUUGCAUAGAAACGCAAACACGCAUGCGCAGAGUCCUUUUGGGAGGCCCUGAAAAUAGUUAAAAAUCGCCCUGCCUUAACUCCUCUGGGCUUGCUCAUCAGUGACCUUGAGCUUACACCCAUUCCUUCUGCCACGCCGGUGUGUUGGGGUUCUAACCGCUGUGACAGCAUCACCAGCUCAGGGCGCGGAGGCUUACACUGUUGCCCCUCGUUGGAGGAGUGGAGCUGUGCAGGGGCGGGGGGUGGCGCACCCCUCAUGCCUCUUGCCCCGUGUCCAUGGGCCGCUCUCGUCCACUCCCCAGGCAGGUGUGAGAGCGCUGCUUCGACCUUGCGCACCGCUGUGCUCUGGUUUGGAGCGCACCUUGCAGAAAGGCGCGCUCUCUCGGAUCUGGGUCAAGUUCAGAGUAUGAUGCCCCGCCCACCCACAGGCUGUAGCAUUCACACCUGCCUUGUUGCUUUGGAAAAUGAGAUUUGUCCCUGGGCUACACUGACGCAUGCGCGCAUGGGCGCGCGAGUUUGUGUUUAUACCCCUGUAAGCUAGUAGCCCCACGGUCACGUGCUAGAAUGCUGCAUGCGGACCCCGGUUGCAAAGCUGCAGAGCGACACAUGCGCAUCAUCUGUGAUGGAGAACAUAUAUACACACACUCCUGGUACAGUGGAGAAAUGAUUACGCCUGCAAAGAGAACGCCCUGUUCAAUUCUAGGUGUGGAUCACUUCUCUAAUCUUUUAUUUACCACCCCGAUCUGUAUGUGUACCCACUGGUGGAAUGAUGAGCAUCCUUGUGACACUGUUGUGCUGGAUGCAAUGCUGGAAGCUAUUGUAAUAAAAGAGAUCCCUGAAAGACUUCUGGAAAUCAGGUGUGUGAAUUUUAAAUGGUUUUUUGGUAAAUGAUUAUAAUGGCUGCUGAUUUUCUAGUGUGUGAUACCAAACAUUUUAUUCUUAAAGAAAAAAAAAGACUGUGAACUAUUCAAAACUUGGAAUAAAAGAG